AUGGAGUGGUUGUCAUACACACAGAGAUAUAAAGCAGCUCUCCAAAAAUCUAAUAUCCAGUGAAGAUCUUCAGUCCUCUUUUUCCUCAGUCUUCAUCAGCGGAAUAUCAGGAUUGGCCGCAGGACUGUCAGCAGGUGUGAAUGAAGAUGGCCAUACAUGUGGACGGACUGCUGGCCAUUAUCAUCUUCUAUCUGUUGAUUUUAAUGGUGGGAAUUUGGGCAGCAUGGAAAAACAAAAACUCUGGGAUGUCACACGGAUCAGACCGCAGUGAAUCUAUCAUGGUCGGUGGUCGAGACAUCGGAUUGUUUGUUGGUGCAUUUACAAUGACCGCAACAUGGGUUGGUGGUGGUUAUAUAAACGGCACGGCCGAGUGUGUUUAUCUGCCUGGUUCUGGUUUGGCUUGGGCUCAGGCUCCGUUUGGUUACGCCCUCAGUUUGGUUGUAGGCGGGCUAUUCUUUGCGAAACCCAUGCGGUCACGGGGUUACGUGACUAUGUUGGACCCUUUUCAGCAGCUCUAUGGGAAGAGAAUGGGCGGUCUUCUUUUCAUACCUGCAUUACUAGGAGAGAUAUUUUGGUCUGCAGCCAUUUUAUCAGCAUUGGGUGCUACACUGAGUGUGAUCAUAGACGUCAACAUCAACUUGUCUGUAGUGGUCUCGGCUUUAAUAGCUGUUUUUUACACACUGGUGGGUGGACUUUACUCUGUCACGUACACGGAUGUCGUUCAGCUCUUCUGCAUUUUUCUGGGCUUGUGGUUGAGUGUGCCGUUUGCCCUGUCCAAUCCUGCUGUGUCAGACAUCAGUGUUACCGCAGUAAACAGAGUGUAUCAGUCACCCUGGCUGGGCGAGAUCGAUCCAUCUGACGGCUGGAUGUGGGCGGAUAACUUCUGUCUUCUCAUGUUGGGUGGGAUUCCCUGGCAGGUGUAUUUUCAGCGGGUUCUCUCUGCUUCUUCAGCCAGUUACGCUCAAAUCCUCUCCUUCCUGGCUGCUUUUGGCUGUCUUGUCAUGGCCGUCCCGUCUGUCCUGAUUGGCGCUAUAGGAGCUUCAACAGAUUGGAACCAGACUUCCUACGGUUCGCUUUCUCCGGUGGAGAAGGAUGAGUCCGACAUGAUUCUGCCCAUCGUGCUCCAACACCUCUGCCCUUCUUUCGUUUCCUUUUUUGGGUUAGGGGCGGUGUCAGCUGCUGUGAUGUCAUCUGCAGAUUCGUCCAUUCUUUCUGCUAGUUCUAUGUUUGCCAGAAACAUUUACCAGCUUGCUUUCCGUCAAUCAGCCUCCGACAGAGAGAUUGUUUGGGUCAUGAGGAUCACCAUCUUUGUGUUUGGGGGUUUAGCGACAGCUAUGGCUCUUCUGACAGGUUCUGUGUAUGGUCUGUGGUACUUGAGCUCAGACCUGGUGUACAUCAUUAUUUUCCCCCAGCUUCUCUCUGUGCUGUUCGUCAAGGGUACCAACACGUACGGCUCCAUCGCCGGAUACCUCUUUGGACUACUGCUGCGAAUCGGUGGGGGGGAGCCCUACCUCAGACUCCCCCCUUUUAUCUACUACCCCGGCUGGCGGUCCACUGAGAAGGUUCACCAUCUCACCAAGGAAGUGGAGUACCUUGUUGAACAGAGAUUCCCUUAUAAGACAGUCUCUAUGCUGGCUUCACUAUUGAGCAAUGCAGCUUUUUCACAUGCGGCCAAAUAUCUGUUCGAGAGUGGAACUCUGUCCCCUAAGUACGACUUCCUGGACGCGGUGGUUUCUAAGCACAGCAGAGAAACGAUGGACAAGACGACCCUGGUGGUUAAUGACAACAUUAAUCUGUCUGAACUGGCGCCUGUUAAAUCAAGACAUGGAAGUUCUGUGGCAGGAACCUUUAUAAACACAGAUGUACUGAUUGACGAGGGAGAUGUUAGCCCGGACUACAAGAAUGUCCACGAGUAGAGACGCACAGUUUCUGUUGUGGGAAUGAUCGUGAACUUCACAUGCUGCAGGUAAAAUGAGCAAGCAGCCACCUGGAGCACAGAAGGCCACUAUACUGGCAAUUCACAGACAGGAAACAAACAACACAUUAUUGUGAUGUAAGGUGAUAUUUUAAUGUUUUCUCUUUCUUUGUAUAGAGUAUAUCUGUUAUAGAGCAAUAAUAUUUUCAAAAUAUAUAUGAUUCACUACAUAUGAUACAUACAGUUGUAUGACACAGUGUUAAAGUCAAACACACUACAGUCAGCCUGAAUUUCAUACCGUUACACUCAUACAAUGUGACUGUUAUACAACAAUACAGACAGUCAGAUUUUCACACCGUGUUACAGUCAUACAACAAUACAGUCAGUCAGAUUUUCACACAGUGUUACAGUCAUAGAACAAAGAUUUUCUCACAGUGUUACAGUCAUAGAACAAAGAUUUUCUCACAGUGUUACAGUCAUAGAACAAAGAUUUUCUCACAGUGUUACAGUCAUACAACACUACAGUCAGUCAGAUUUUCACAUAGUGUUACAGUCUUUCGGUGUUAUAUUCAUACAAAACUACAGUCAGUCAGAUUUUCAUACAGUGUUACAGUUGUGCAAAACUACAGUCAGUCAGAUUUUCAUACAGUGUUACAGUCGUACAAAACUACAGUCUGCAUAUUUUCAUACAUUGUUACAUUCAUACAAAACUACAGUCAGUCAUAUUUUUAUACAGUGUUACAGCUGUACAAAACUACAGUCUGUCAUAUUUUCUCACAGUGUUACAGUCAUACAACAAUACAGUCUGUCAGAUGUUCUCACAGUGUUACAGUAAUACAACACUACAGUCAGUCAGAUUUUCACAUAGUGUUACAGUCUUUAGGUGUUAUAUUCAUACAAAACUACAGUCAGUCAGAUUUUCAUACAGUGUUACAGUUGUGCAAAACUACAGUCAGUCAGAUUUUCAUACAGUGUUACAGUCGUACAAAACUACAGUCUGCAUAUUUUCAUACAUUGUUACAUUCAUAAAAAACUACAGUCAGUCAUAUUUUUAUGCAGUGUUGCAGCCGUACAACACUACAGUCUGUCAUAUUUUCUCAAAGUGUUACAGUCAUACAACAAUACAGUCUGUCAGAUGUUCUCACAGUGUUACAGUCAUACAACAAUACAGUCUGUCAUAUUUUCUCACAGUGUUCAGUCAUACAACAAUACAGUAAGUCAGAUUUUUACACAGUAUUACAGUCAUACAACAAUACAGUCUGUCAGAUGUUCUCACGGUGUUAUAGUCAUACAACACUACAGCUGGCCUGAAUUGCAUACCAUGUUUCACUCAUACAACACUACAAACAAAAAUCAGAUUUUUAUACAGUGUUACAAUCAUAGAACACUACAGUCAGAUUGUCAUACACUGUUUCAGUCGUAUAAUACUACAGUUGGCCUUAAUUUCAUUCAACGUUACAGACAUGCCCAACUUAGUCUUUCUGAUUUUCAUACAAUGUUGCAGUCGUGCAGUGUUACAGUCGUACAGCACGACAAUAUGUCUGCUUUUCAUGUAGUGUUACAGUCGCACAGUGUUAGAGUCAACAGUAUACAACACUGCAGUCAGACACAUUUUACACAGUGUUACAGUCAUACAACAAUACAGUCAGUCAGAUUUUUAUACAGUGUUACAGUCAUACAACACUACAGUCAGUCAGAUUCUCACACAGUGUUACAGUCCUUCAACAAUACAGUCUGUCAGAUUUUCUCAGUGUUACAAUCAUGCAACAAUACAGUCUGUCAAAUUUUCUCAGUGUUGCAGUCAUACAACAAUACAUUAAGUCAGAUUCUUACACAGUGUUACAGUCACAACACUACAAUCAGUCAGAUUCUCACAGUGUUACAGCCAUACAACACUACAGUCAGACACAUUUUUACACUGUGUUACUGUCAUACAACAAUAUAGUCAGUCAGAUUUGUAUACAGUGUUACAGUCAUACAACACUACAGUCAGUCAGAUUCUCACACAGUGUUACUGUCAUACAACACUACAGUCUGACACAUUUUACACAGUGUUACAGUCAUACAACAAUACAGUCUGUCAGAUUUUCAUGCAGUGUUACAGUCACAACACUACAGUCAGACAGAUUUUCAGUAUUACAGUCAUACAAAUCUGACAGACUGUAGUGUUGUGACUGUAGUGUUGUAUGACUGUAACACAGUGUAUAUUCAGUCGUAUAAUACUACAGUUAAUUUCAUACAGUGUUACAGACAUGCCCGACUUAGUCUUUCUGAUUUGCAUAUAAUGUUGCAGUCGUACAGUGUUAUAGUCGUACAGCACUACAAAUCUGUCUGAUUUUCAUAUAGUGUUACAGUCUUACAGUGUUAGAGUAGUACAACACUACAGUCUGUCUGAUUUUCAUACAGUGGUACAGUCGUACAGUAAAGUCAUGCGGGUCCACAAUCAAAUAUUUCUCUAACCUUAUUCUGUGUAACAUUUCAGUGUUUGUUUAAAAUGUAAGUGCAUUUUAUUUAUGAUUAUGGCUUUAGUAAAACACUAAUGAAUGUAGGUGUGUAUUUCAUGUUUCCAGCAUCACUGUGUAUAGAGGAUGUCUUACAUUGUAUGUUGACUAACAAAAGAUUAUUUGUUGUAUUCUGUUUUGUGUUGUAUACUAUUUUUGUGUGAAAUAUAAAGUCUAUUUUUGUGCAGUAAUUAGAUAUGUCCUAUAUCUAGCAUAUACAAAAGCAUCUUUAGAGAUCAGUGGUAUAAGAUUUUGA